UAGAUUUUGAAUUGAUUCUUUUAAACUUAAAACCGCCAAAGAAUUUUUGGUAUAUAAGUACAAAAUAGUUCUAAAUUAAUAUGAAAACAGAAUUAUAGUUUAAAAAAUGGGAGUAAAGGAUCUAUGGUCCGUUUUAACACCACAUGCUGACAGAAAGCCUUUAUGUGAAUUACGAGGUAAAAAAGUUGCUAUAGAUCUGGCUGGCUGGAUCUGUGAAAGUUUAAAUGUGGUAGAUUAUUUUGUGCAUCCCAGACAGCAUUUGAAGAACCUAUUCUUUCGAACGAGUUAUUUGAUAUGGGAGGACGUGACUCCCGUUUUUAUCCUAGAAGGCCAAGCGCCCAAACUAAAGAGUCAAAUAAUUUCAAAACGCUCCGAGCAGCAAUUCCGUGGUGCCAAACCUAAACAAUCAACAGAAACUAAAGGAAAUAAUAAAGGGCGAACAAGAUUUAACCAUGUGUUGAAACAAUGCGAAACCUUGUUACAGUCAAUGGGUAUCCAAUGUGUUCAAGCACCAGGCGAAGCCGAAGCAUAUGGCGCAUUUCUUAACAAGAAAGGGCAGUUAGUUGAUGGAGUGAUUAGCCAGGAUUCAGAUUGCUUUGCUUAUGGCGCCAUUCGUGUCUAUCGUAAUUUUUCGGUGUCUACUCAGGGUGCCCAAGCAGCACAAGGCGGUGCAGUAGACAUCUAUGACAUGGAUCAAAUUAAAGGAAAAAUGGGUUCAUAUAAAUAUUUCGGGCAAAACAAAACUAUUGUAAUGGCACUACUCUGUGGCUGUGAUUACUGUCCUGAAGGGAUCGGUGGCAUAGGGCGAGAUGGUGUUUUAAAGUUAUUCAAUAAGUACAAAGAACAAGAAAUAUUAGAAAGGAUAAGAUCGUGGCGACAAGAAGAUAAUAAAUAUACUGCUUUGGAAAUGCGAGUUGAUGACAAAUUGAUUUGCAGCAAUUGCGGACACAUGGGACGUACGCAAAAUCAUUCAAAGAACGGAUGUGGAAUUUGCCACACUAAUCGUGGUUGUGAUGAGAGUUUGUGGAAAGAAGAACGUUUAUCUUUGAAAGCAGAACUUUCAUUACGUAAGAAGGCAAUGAUGGACCCGUUUUUUCCGUCCGAAGAAAUCAUUGCUGAAUUCCUCAACGAACCCUCCACGGUUCCCACUUUAACUUUAACUUGGAGACAGCCGAACGUAGUAAAAUUUGUAAAGCAAAUUGGACAUCUGCUGCAAUGGCCCGAAAUUUACUGCUUUCAGAAGUUCUUACCGAUUUUAACACGUUGGCAAGUACAAAAUUUAAGAAAGAUAAAAGAUUUGGAUGCAGUCGCUUAUAUAUCGAUAAAAGAAAUAGUGAAAAAACGAACUGUGCGAGGAGUAAUCAGCCUUGAAAUUGUUUGGGAGGAUGUGAAUGGCUUCUUCAAUGGUCUAAUACCAGAAAAUCAGCUGCAGGAAUUCGAAUCAGAAAAUACGAAGGGUCUUAUUGGACUUUGGAGCACAAUAGAACCAUUUUAUUUGGUUGAAAAUGCCUAUCCAGAAAUGGUAAACUCCUUCAUAAAAUCCAAAGAAAAACCACCAAAAACAACAAAAGGUCGCCGGAAGGGCAAAGCACUUGAUAAAGCCGUGCUAAGUUCGCUAGAAAAUUUAACCGACCUAAUAACUGCUACCGAAGAAGUAGCGAAGGGCAUCAAACCAAAAACCAAUCAAAUAAAGAAAGGUACAAGCAAAACAGGCAUUCAAUUGAUUGACAAAUUUUUUAAGCAUCAACAGGUAUCUGCUGAAAAUGUUACCCCUAUUAAAAAUCAAAGUCUAUACAGAAUAGCACAGUGUUCUACUCCUGUUACGAAAACUUUGCCAUCAGAUUUAGAAAGUGAUUGUGAUGAUUUAGCACAUGAAAUUUCAGAUAUAGUACGUGGAAUCGUUAAGGCUCCUGACCGAGUUGUCCAAAUUAAAACACAUAAAGGACAACUUUUACAUUAUGAACCGGUUACAGAAAAUUUAAGCAUUUUAAUUAACGAAUGGAGUAUUAAAGACGACCUGGACUUAAUAGCUCACAAAAGAAAUUUAUCAGUUUGUUCGUAUAAAAAUGAAAAUGGCACUCCUUUAUCGAAGCGAAUAUCCUUAGAUGACAGCUUUGAUGCUUUGGUAAAUGCGAAACGGCACAAGAUUCGUAACUUAACGGAAAAGGCGAAAAAAUUAAAUUUGUUGACCAACACAACAACCUCACCAAAACUUAAGUCACAUGUGGAUCGUUUUGUAGAACAACACUGUCCACAUACAUAUAGCUUAAAUGGCAGCGAGCAGCAUCAAAAUAAAAUAUUUAGGAAUGCAUCGUCGGAGAAUGAAGAUGUUGAAAAUAUAAGCUAUUUUUUUAAUAAAGGUAGUCGUGAAAACGAUGAAUUCGAAAAAUUAAUGGAUUUAAGCUUAGUAAAUAAACCAAGAACUACAUCGACGUGCAAUGCUCCAGAUGAUGUCUUAAUUAUAAAUGAAAGCAGUGACGACUGUUGAUAUAAUAUUUACUUUUAUCCGUUUUUUAUAAUAAAAUUGUUAAUAAAAAUAAUGUGAUUUUUAGCAUUAUUGUGAAGUCGAAUUUGUCAAUAGUAUAAUACACAUAAUAGUAUAUUCAAAUUUGCAUAUGCUGACCCAAAAUAAACUUUAAAAAA